CUCGUACGCCAUUCCAUUUCAGACGCGAGUGCCGUACGGACGUAAUCAUGGGGAGCUUCGGUAUUUCUAAAGUCACUUUAUACGUCCUAAAUACCAUUUACGCAAUACUGGGCUUGGCUAUCGCGGCCGCGUCCAUUUGGUUCUUUUGCCAAGUACACGAGUUCACGAGCUUGCGGAACAGCAACCAUUACUUGCUGGAUUACACCGUUUAUUGGCCGCAAGCCGUACCAUGGAUCUUCCUGAUUGUGGCGCUCAUGGUUCUGGGAGUGUCGUGCUGCGGUUUCGCCAGUGCUCACAAGAGAAGUCGCGGUCUACUUACUAUGUUUGUGACUGCGCAAUCAAUAGCUGUGGUGUGCAUGAUCGCGGCCUCCACCGUGGCGCUCGUUUUCGCUGACAACAAAUCAACUGACGACUUCGUGAAGGACACCGUGUGGGAUGUGUACUUCCAGACGAAGAACGAUAACGAAGUCGCCACAGCGUUCGGCUGGAUCGAGCGCAAGUUACACUGCUGCGGCGCUGACAGCCCGAGGGAUUACAAGAAUUGGAAGAACGAGUUCCCGAUGUCGUGUUGUGAUACGUAUUAUCAUGGCUUCCUGGAUUCCUACACUAUAGAAUGCGAAUUUACUAAUAAAUUGGCCAAUGAAAGGCACGGCUGCUCCACUGUGGCUGCGCAGUAUGCGCGAAUCGCGAUCAAAGUUCUUUCCGGAGGAAUGAUCUUCACGGCGUUUAUUGGACUCUUGACUAUAGGUGUCGCUAUAGCCUUGUCGAAGUCAUUGGAAAAAAAACGAAGAAUUCAAGCAUUGAAGAAUGAAUCUGAAAGCAAAAAGGUUCUGUUGAAUGAUAAAGAGAAGAAAGAAUCAUCGACAACGAAACGCGAAGCACGUGUCAACAUGGGGAAAGAGGAAAUGAUAAAAGGCGUGCUGUAUGUUGUGAAUGUGUUAUACGCAGUGUUCGGUUUUGUGACCGCGGCCACCGGGAUAUGGUUCUUCGUGCAGCUCUCCGAGUUUGUCGCUCUGCGGAACAGCAACCAUUAUCUGCUGGAUUAUAGAGUGUACUGGCCGCAGGUGGCGCCAUGGUUGUUUAUUCUCCUCGGCUUGUUUGUUAUGAUGGUGGCGUUCUGCGGUUGGUGCGGCGCCAACCGCGAGAGCAGGGGUCUCCUCGGAAUGUAUGGACUCUUCCUUGUCCUCAUCGUCAUUGGACAAGCGAUAGCCGCUACGCUGAUAUUCGUGUACGUAGACGGCGAACACACCGACCGCUUCAUUAAGGAUACAGUGUAUGACGGUUACUACAACUCCCAAUCGAACCCUGACGUGUUCAAAUCGUUCGGAAGGAUCGAAAGGAAAUUAAGAUGCUGCGGCGCGAACGACGCUCGAGAUUACAGAAGUUGGAGGAACGAUUUGCCGCUCACCUGCUGCCAAGACAGUUACUACAGAGCCACGUGUGACUUUACGGACAAGGAAGCCAAUGAGAGACUCGGUUGUGCCAAGGUGGCCGCUGUGUACACCAAGAUCAUAAGCUCGUCGAUCGCUGGCGCGUCUCUCCUCAUAUCGUUAGUGGAAAUAGCUGGUGUGAUACUCGCGUGGAAGCUAUUCCAUUCAUUGAGGGAGGUGGAACAUUACCUCCCUGAACGGAAGGAAGGUGAAACGGAGUGCUAGUUCUGGACCGUGCCUGAAUAAACUGCCAUUAUGAACGCGCUUGUGUUAAGCUGUGUAUACACGAAGAUCCGAGGAGCAGUGUGCUUGGCAGCUUUAAUGGAUUGUGACGCAACGUUACGCUGCGCUCACCUUGCAUCUUAGUAUAUACCCAGAUUAACUUAACCUUGACAUAGUUCGACCGAAUUCAUUUUAUAUAGUAGAUCACCACCGAUUCUGUUAGGACGAUUCGAGCCGACACUGCCUGAAACUUUUUCUCCUGGAAAUCGGCUCUAUCAAGGUUCUCUUUAGGGUGUAAAGUUCGUUUCCUUUGUCAAGGAAAUAUCGAAAUCUUUAUUCCCACCUAGUUUAAGACCGUGCGUUACCAUUUUUAAAGUAUUAUUAUGUUAUUCGUAAGCUAUUUUGUAAGGAUAUUGUAAUUGACUCCAUAAUUGGCAUUCCAUUUAGCUAUGAAGCUGUUAUUUAAUCUUUCUUUUACGUAUUAGGGUCAAUUUCGUGGGGGGGUCUUAACUGUCGCGCCUGAACAUUUGAGUGGGUUUAAUCAACUCCUUCCUCGUUAAACGUGAUUCAUUAUACCUGACUCAGCUUCAAUUAUACCCGAGGCAUGUGACACUUUACGAUGUUUUCCAUUCAUCGCCGGUUGGGAGGUUACGCAACAGUUCUUUAUGUGGUAUUUCAUCCAUGGACGACUACUUAAAGUUGUUUAUCGAGGUCGAGCAUGAGAAAAUUGUGACCUCAAACGCGUGGUUAUCGAAUAGGCUAGAAUUGAGCUCUAUUGCUUAUUCAAUAAACAUCUUUGUUGGUAUUACCUACUUAAAAUUUACGCAACGUGUGUUCGAAGGCUUUCACAACCUGCGUUUGGAAUAAAUUUGGAUAUGCCCUAAAUUUUUCUGCGUGUUUGCGACCUGUCCGUCUAUAAUUAAGUCCGUCCUUUCGCCAUAUCUUUAUAUAUCUCGUAGCAUUUGCCAAAGAAUAUGUUAAAAAUCAUAUUCAUUUAUUUGCAUGCAAUUUUAUAGUUUUAUUAUCACAUCACUGAGCUCUAAGUUAUUUUUUUACGAUGAUAUAAAUCGACACUAGUCUUAAGAUUUGUUAAGUAAAGAAAAUUUUUAAAUAUAUAUUUUAUAAAUA